UGCAGUGCUUCCUGUGUGCUAGGCACAUUGCUAGGCUCUGCAGAUACAAAGAUGAAUAAAAUAUAGUCAUUUCUCCACCAGCCCAGAUAGGGACACCCAAGUAUAUCACAAUAUCCACAGCAGCCAUUUGUCAAGCACUUACUAAUUUCCACUGCAAAGUGCUUUAUGGAUAGCAUCACAAUGAAUCCUCAAAUAACCAAGAGGGAGUAUCAUUCUUACCACAUUUUACAGAGGGGAAACAGACUCAGAAAGACAAAGUGACCAGAAAAACAAACCCAGUAAGAGGCAGAACUGGGACAAGGGCAGAGGCCAAUGAGGGAUCAAAGCUCAGACUCAUGACUUGGAGACUCUGGGACCUCAACUGAAUCACUUGGCUUCUCUGAGCCUCAGUUUCUUCAUCUGUAAAAUGGGCACAUUAAGUCCAAACUUAUCUAUGAAGUGACUACCCGGGUUCCUGACCCAGCAGAUGCCCAGGAAUUAGGGAAGGGCCCUUGUGUUUUAGGGACCCCUCUGGCAGCCCAGACUUAGUCUUGCUCCCUAAACUUCACAGGAGACCCAAUGGGGGUGGGGUGGGGAAUGACCACCUGCCUGGAUCAGGGGAUCCCAAUGCCUGCUGCUUCCCCUCUCCCACCCUCUGGUCACCUUCCUUCUGGAGGUGCUUGGUGGUCUGGGCCAUAAGAAGUGGGGAAUCAGGCCACAUGGGCGAACUUACCAAAUGCUCCUAAUGGCCUUGCCUGGUUGGGGUGAUGAUCUUCCCCUCCCUGCAAAUGAAACUGAGCCUGAACCAAAACACAGACCCCAAGAUGGCUGUCUCUGGAAGGCUGCAGCCAUGACAAGGUGAGAACCUGAGGCUAAGGAGGUAUAUGUGUGUGUAGAAGGGGGUCAGGUGUCUAUGAAGCAGGACUGUCCUGUCUGGGGAUGCCAGAAGAGUGUGUGGCUGGAGGCUGGAGUAUAAGCAGGCUUGGGUGGGGGCUCAGUUUGCUGCUGGGCAGGCCUGUGACCCCAUUGGUGCUGGAGAUGGGGGGGUUGAGGCCCCCCUUGGUAGGUGGGGGGGCUGCACCCUUUGGGGGUGCUGCACUGGGGUUGGAAUUCAGAUUGAGGCUGGGGGUGCUGUUGCCCUGUGUUGUUUGUGAAGGGAGCCAGAGGCGGCAGGGGAAGGUGCAGUUAGUGGUGGGGGGGGGCGGGGUGCGGGUUCCCUGACACCGAAUUCAUUAUUGGGAGAUUCCUCUUCACAGUCCUUCGACACCUCCCACAGGAACCACGGGCCAGAAAUGUCUGACAGCCUCUGGCGGGCUGGCUCCCGUGCAGCCUCUGGUGCCCGGGUCUCCGCCUGCCCACUGCCGCCGCGUCCCUCCCCCCAUUGGGUCCCGCAGCCUCUGGAAGCCUUUCUCAAGCUCAGCCUCGCGCCGCCGCCGCCGUCUCGGGGCUCGGGGUCCAUUCCCCCGGCGGUUGAUGUCCCCAGCCCCCAGCGCUCGACAAGGGUUGCGAGGUGUCCGCAGAGGCCGGGCUUGACCCGCGCUGCCCGCACGUGGGGAGGGGGCGUCUCAGGAGGACGCGGCCUGAUGUAGGGGUGGAGCUAAGGAGCCUGGCGCGCGGCAGGCGCGGGCGAACGGAGGUCAGCGGCCGCAGGAGGGGGACCCAGGCGUCCGGGAGGCGGCGCCAGGUGCCGCGCCCCAACCCCACGCCCGCCGCCGGCCCCCGCCCCCGGGCCGCCCCCCGCCCGUGACGCGCUCCCCGCCCCCUCCGCGCCCGGAGCCGGAGCAGGAGCCGGAGCCCGGCGAGGGGCGCGGGAGGCGGAGGAGGCGGCGGGGGAGGGAGGAGGAUGCAGCCGGCGCCGCGGGGCCGCCGCCGCCGCCUCUGAGCCGCGCCGAGCGCACGGAGCGCAGCCGCGUCGCUGCGGCCCCGACCGCACCAUGGGGAAGGAGCAGGAGCUGGUGCAGGCGGUGAAGGCGGAGGACGUGGGGACCGCGCAGAGGCUGCUGCAGAGGCCGCGGCCCGGGAAGGCCAAGCUCCUGGGCUCCACCAAGAAGAUCAAUGUCAACUUCCAAGACCCGGAUGGCUUCUCUGCCCUGCACCAUGCGGCCCUCAAUGGCAACACAGAAUUGAUCACCCUGCUGCUGGAGUCCCAGGCUGCUGUGGACAUCAAGGACAACAAAGGCAUGCGGCCACUGCACUAUGCCGCCUGGCAGGGUCGAAAGGAGCCCAUGAAGCUGGUGCUAAAGGCGGGCUCGGCGGUGAACAUCCCGUCGGACGAGGGCCACAUCCCCCUCCACCUGGCAGCCCAGCACGGUCACUAUGAUGUGUCUGAGAUGCUGCUCCAGCACCAGUCCAACCCAUGCAUGGUGGACAACUCGGGGAAGACGCCCCUGGACCUGGCCUGUGAGUUCGGCCGCGUUGGGGUGGUCCAGCUGCUCCUGAGCAGCAACAUGUGCGCGGCCUUGCUGGAGCCCCGACCCGGGGACACCACUGACCCCAAUGGCACCAGCCCCUUGCACCUGGCAGCCAAGAACGGCCAUAUUGACAUCAUCAGACUCCUCCUCCAAGCUGGCAUUGACAUUAACCGCCAGACCAAGUCCGGCACGGCCCUGCAUGAGGCUGCCCUCUGCGGGAAGACAGAAGUGGUUCGGCUGCUGCUGGACAAUGGGAUCAACGCGCACGUGAGGAACACCUAUAGCCAGACGGCCUUGGACAUCGUGCACCAGUUCACGACAUCCCAGGCCAGCAAAGAGAUCAAGCAGCUGCUGCGAGAGGCCUCGGCGGCUCUGCAGGUCCGCGCAACCAAGGAUUAUUGCAAUAAUUAUGAUUUGACCAGCCUCAAUGUGAAAGCUGGGGAUAUCAUCACAGUCCUCGAGCAGCAUCCUGAUGGCCGGUGGAAGGGCUGUAUCCACGACAACCGGACAGGCAAUGACCGGGUGGGCUACUUCCCGUCCUCCCUGGGCGAGGCCAUUGUCAAGCGAGCAGGUUCCCGAGCAGGCACAGAACCAAGCCCACCCCAGGGAGGCAGCACGUCGGGACCCUCUGCACCCCCUGAAGAGAUAUGGGUGCUGAGGAAGCCUUUUUCAGGCGGGGACCGCAGCGGCAGCUUGAGCAGUGUGUCUGGUGGCCGGAGCAGCGGGGCCCACACCCUGCACGCAGGCUCUGAAGGGGUCAAGCUCUUGGCAACAGUGCUUUCCCAGAAGUCUGUGUCCGAGUCCAGCCCUGGGGACAGCCCUGUCAAGCCUCCGGAGGGCUCCGCAGGUGCAGCCCGGGCCCAGCCUCCAGUGGCCCAUGCUGGGCAGGUCUAUGUGGAGCAGCCACCCAAGAAGCCAGAGCCAGCGGCAGAGGGCAAGAGCGCUGAGGCUGUUAGCCAGUGGCUCGCUACAUUCCAGCUACAGCUGUAUGCCCCCAACUUCCUCAGCGCUGGUUACGACCUGCCCACCAUCAGCCGCAUGACCCCUGAGGACCUCACGGCCAUCGGGGUCACCAAGCCGGGCCAUCGGAAGAAGAUCACAGCAGAAAUCAGUGGCCUGAGCAUCCCUGACUGGCUGCCUGAGCACAAACCCGCUAACCUGGCCAUGUGGCUGUCCAUGAUCGGCCUGGCCCAGUACUACAAGGUGCUGGUGGACAACGGUUAUGAGAACAUCGACUUCAUCACUGACAUCACCUGGGAGGACCUGCAGGAGAUUGGAAUCACCAAGCUGGGACACCAGAAGAAGCUGAUGCUGGCAGUGAGGAAACUGGCAGAGCUGCAGAAGGCAGAGUACGCCAAAUAUGAUGGGGGACCCCUGCGCCGGAAGGCGCCGCAGUCGCUUGAAGUGAUGGCCAUCGAGUCACCGCCCCCACCUGAGCCUGCCCCAGCUGACUGCCAGUCUCCUAAGAUGACUACUUUCCAGGACAGCGAGCUCAGCGGUGAGCUGCAGGCUGCCAUGACUGGCCCAGCAGAGGGGGCCACUGCUGCUGCCGAAAAGCCCUCCAACCACCUGCCGCCCACUCCAAGGGCUUCCAUGCGUCAGGAGCCCAGCCUGGGUGGGCGGGCACGGCACAUGAGCAGCUCUCAGGAGCUGCUGGGUGACGGGCCCCCUGGGCCUGGCAGCCCCAUGUCACGAAGCCAGGAGUACCUGCUAGAUGAAGGGCCAGCCCCUGGUACGCCACCCAAGGAGGCUCGGCCGGGCCGCCACAGCCACAGUGUCAAGCGGGCCAGUGUGCCCCCAGUGCCUGGCAAGCCACGGCAGGUCCUUCCACCAGGUGCCAGCCCCUUCACGCCCCCCCAGACUCCCACUAAAGCCCGGCCAGGUUCCCCCCAGGCCCUAGGGGGGCCUCAUGGUCCAGCCCCAGCCACAGCCAAGGUGAAGCCCACCCCACAGUUGCUGCCACCAAUGGAACGACCCAUGUCACCCCGCUCGCUGCCUCAGUCACCCACACACCGCGGCUUUGCCUAUGUGCUUCCCCAGCCUGUGGAGAGCGAGGUAGGGCCAGCUGCUCCGGGUCCUGCACCUGCUCCUGCACCCGUGCCCAUGCUGUGCCUGCCCCCUGAGGCCGAUAUGGAGCCAGGGCGGCCCAAGAAGCGUGCCCACAGCUUGAAUCGCUACGCAGCAUCUGACAGCGAGCCAGAGAGGGAUGAGCUGCUGGUGCCAGCCGCUGCAGGGCCCUAUGCCACAGUCCAGCGGCGUGUAGGCCGAAGCCACUCAGUGCGAGCACCCGCCGGCGCUGACAAGAACGUCAAUCGCAGCCAGUCCUUCGCUGUGCGUCCCCGAAAGAAGGGGCCCCCACCACCCCCUCCCAAGCGCUCCAGCUCAGCCAUGGCCAGUGCCAACCUGGCUGAUGAGUCGGCACCAGAUGCUGAGACUGAGGGGGCUGGGACCGAGGAUGGCCGGCUAGGGGUCCGGGCACAGCGCAGGCGGGCUAGUGACCUGGCUGGCAGCGUGGACACAGGCAGUGCUGGCAGUGUGAAGAGCAUUGCAGCCAUGCUCGAGCUGUCAUCCAUUGGGGGUGGGGGCCGGGCAGCAGCCCGUAGGCCCCCUGAGGGCCACCCCACACCUCGCCCUGCUAGCCCAGAGCCAGGCCGGGUGGCCACAGUGUUGGCCUCAGUGAAGCACAAGGAGGCCAUCGGGCCUGAUGGUGAGGUGGUGAACCGGCGCCGCACCCUCAGUGGGCCGGUCACAGGACUUCUGGCCACAGCCCGCCGGGGGUCUGGGGAGCCGGCAGGACCUGCAGAUCAUGGCCAUUUUGUGGAGGAUGGCACUGCCCGGCAGCGGCCUCGAGGUCCGGCCAAGGGUGAGGCGAGUGGCGAGGGCCCACCCCUGGCCCGGGUGGAGGCCAGUGCCACACUCAAGAGGCGCAUCCGAGCCAAGCAGAGUCAGCAGGAGAACAUCAAGUUCAUCCUGACUGAAUCUGACACAGUCAAGCGCCGGCCAAAGGCCAAGGAGCGUGAGACAGGCCCCGAGCCACCCCCGCCACUGUCCGUGUACCAGAAUGGCACAGGCACGAUGCGCCGCCGACCGGCCUCUGAGCAGGCUGGGCCCCUGGAGCUGCCCCCACCACCCCCACCAGCCGAGCCCCCACCCUCUGACCUGAUGCACUUGCCCCCGCUGCCCCCACCAGACAGUGAUGCCCGGAAGCCAGCCAAGCCGCCUGUCUCUCCCAAGCCUAUCCUGGCUCAGCCGGUGCCCAAGAUCCAGGGGUCGCCCACGCCUGCCUCCAAGAAGGUGCCGCUGCCAGGUCCAGGCAGCCCAGAGGUGAAGCGUGCUCAUUGCACGCCGCCGCCCGUGUCUCCCAAGCCGCCGCCGCCGCCCACUGCGCCCAAGCCGGCCAAGGCCGCGGCGGGGCUGCAGUCAGGCAGCGCCAGUCCAUCACCUUCGCCCUCGCCGGCGCGCCAGUCGCCCGCCCCCCUCGCCAAGCCGACCAGCACGCCGCCGUCUCUGAGCGCCAGUCCAGCCAAGCCCCCGUCCCCCGGGGCGCCGGCGCUGCACGUGCCCGCCAAACCGCCGCGCGCCGCGGCCGCUGCCGCUGCGGCCGCCGCCGGGCCUCCCGCCGCGCCCGACGGCGUCUCGCCUGGGGACAGCGCCCGGCAGAAGCUGGAGGAGACAAGCGCCUGCCUGGCGGCGGCGCUGCAAGCCGUAGAAGAAAAGAUCCGGCAGGAGGACGCGCAGGGCCCACGCCCAUCGGCCGCGGAGAAGAGCACCGGCAGCAUCCUGGACGACAUCGGCAGCAUGUUUGAUGACCUGGCGGACCAGCUGGACGCCAUGCUGGAGUGAUGCGGCCCACGUUGGGCACGCCCGCGCCACCAGGGUUCCGGCCUACACGCUGACCUUUACCUCAGGAUGGGCAUCUCUGGGCGAGGCGCGAGUGAGCGGGACGGUGGGCCAAUGGGGGGUCAGGUGCAGAGAACUGCCCAUCAGAUGGCCGCGGCCAUGAGGCGGGGGCGGGUCGUGCUGCCCAGCCCCUGCACAAGCACAACUCCUGCCCCCUGGGCCCAGGCAGGAUGUCCAGCCUGGAGGACUGCCUGGCCAAGGGGACCCAAGGGCUCUGGACAGAUGCUGCUGCCCUGUGGGUGCCCGUCCCUGUCUGCUGCUCCCUGUGCAAUAACUGCUGGGCCACCUGCCCACCCACCUCCAGGCUCUGCCCACUGUAUGUACAGGAGGGGCAGUCCCUGGCCCCCCUGGCCUGAGUACAGGCUGGGCCUGCCCUGGCAGGCAGAGAGCGGGGACAGCUGCUGUAGGCCCCUCCCCAAUCUGUGGCAGAGCACAGGCCUAUGCCCAGCACAGAACUGCCCAUUGGGGAUCUCUGCCAGCCACUCUGGCACAGCACAAGGGGCUGGGGUCGGGCCCCCUGCCCCACUGUAACCCCCAGAAUAUAAGCUAUCGAGAGUAUUAAUUUAUUGGGAAUGAGCUGAGGCAGAUUUCCCCAGAGAAACGAAAAGGUAUAACUUUAACAAAUAUAUAUUUAAAGAAAAAAAAUAUUAUUGAUUCUAUAGAAAACCAUUUACCAACUGCAAGGACACUGGAGUCUAGCUCAAGACAAAAGCUGUUAGAGGCCCUGGCCGUUGUCUGUCCAUCCUUCCGUCCCUCUGUCCAGGAGUGGCCAGUCCCCUGGCCCAGUAGCACAAAUAGGAGGCUGGGGUCUGGGGAGGGGUCCGUGCUCCACCAGGGCCUCUGCUCUCUCUCCUAACUUCUCUGCGUCUGAAGAACUCAAAGGAUGUGCCUUGCUGCUGGGCUGUGUUCUCCACACUGUGGAGAUGGGGAGGGCUUCUUCCUUUCUGGGGGAGGGGGAGCUGCUGUGAGGGUCCGCCUGGGCUUUAGGGGAGCUGUGCAUACAGCGUGGUGAACAUGGCACGUCAGCCAAGUGACAGCAAUGGGUGCAGGGCGUGCAUGCCAGGCUGUGUGUGGCACGCGUAAGGGUGUGCCUGACCCUCCUUCCCCAGGCCCCACUCGAGUUCCCACGGACGCUUCUGCUCGUGGUCCAAGGCUAUUUUGUGUGGUUGUUCUUGCCCUCUUUCUCUCUUUCCUCUCCCCUCGCCCCUCCAAAAAGUACUGACUGGCCUCCUCUAUUGUGUUUGCUGAUCCACGUGUGUUGGGCACAACUUUGACAUUUCUUAAAAAAAAAAAAAAAAAAAAAA